AGACGCGACGAAGCUGCCGUGCUCCUUGGCAGUCGCGCGCGAACCGUCGAGCGGAACAGAGCGGUUUCAAUGAUGUAAUCCUGGUGAUUGCCGACCAGUGACUUUUACGAUAGGCGUGACUUAUCUCGCAGGAUAGAAAAAGAAAAAAAAAAAAAAGUUAAAACCAGAGAGAGAUAUCAAGUGAAUCCUCGUCAUUUGGAUCUCAGGAGAAAUCAGACGGUUUUAUUGAUCGACUCUGGUAGAGAGCGCGCGAAAAACACUGAGAGACUCGAAAAAUUCAUCUGAUCUUUACGUUAACGUAUACGAUAAGAACGGGAGGAGAGAGUCUUGUUAUCGUGUGUAAAAUUGUGCGCAUGAAGCUGCGACGUUGUUGUUUAAACAAAAGUACACUCGAUCGGAGCACAAACUACGUCAUCUAGGAGAAGGCACGCACAUAAUAUGAGUCAAUCUCGCGAGGUUCUGGCGAUGAUGGACAACCACGCUCACACAACCACGUUCGGACGGAAGAGAGGCUGCAUACACAAGAGGCUAACUCGGUGCGAUGCCUUCUUCCUGGGUGCGCUUUUUAUGGCCGGGGUGAUCUCCACCGCAUUAUUGGUAUACCAUUUUGCACCUUGCCUCGAGGAGAAACAAGUCAAGCAAUGCGACGACUUUUUCGGCCGCUCGCUCUUGCAGAUCGGGGAGAAUUUCUCGAUGACGUCUCGAUCGGCGAAGAGACUAGACGUCAGAUUACCAAGAUCCAUCGUACCCGAUUCGUACGAAUUGUGGCUGAUACCCUUCAUAUGGAAGGGCAACUUCACCUUCCGCGGUGAGGUGAAGAUUUUGAUGAACGUGACGACGGACACGAGCAAUGUCACGCUGCACGCCGUCGAUCUGAAGAUCGACGAGGGUUCCACGAACAUCGGGGAAAUCUUGGCCGGCAGCAAUAAGACCAAAUCAAUCGGUAUCGCGGAGCAGAGGAACGACACCGAGCGAGAAUUUCACGUGAUUAAAACAUCGAGCACGUUGAAGAGCGGCAAGCAGUACGUGCUGCAUCUUAAAUUCAUUGGCACUCUCAACGAUUACAUGCAAGGUUUCUACAGGAGUUCGUACAUGGUCGGGACCGAGACGAGAUGGAUCGCGUCGACUCAGUUUCAAGCGACGGACGCCCGUCGUGCCUUUCCGUGCUUCGACGAGCCCGCACUGAAAGCCAGAUUCCAGAUCAACAUCGCGCGUCCCAGAAAUAUGACGUCUAUGUCAAACAUGCCCAGAAGGGGAGAGCCUACGGCAGUCCCCGGCAUACACACGUACGUGUGGGAUCAUUACGAGCGUUCGGUACCGAUGUCCACGUAUCUGGUGGCCUUCAUAGUUUCCGACCUGGACUUUUUGACAUCGGAGGACGGCAACUUGAAAGUCUGGGCGCGCCACGACGCCAUUAAUCAGUCGCACUACAGCUUGAACAUCGGCCCGAGGAUACUCAGGUAUUACGAGGAUUACUUCAAGAUCAAGUUCCCGUUGCCGAAGAUGGAUAUGGUCGCGAUACCCGAUUUCGCUGCUGGCGCUAUGGAAAAUUGGGGCUUGAUAACUUAUAGGGAGACGGCGAUGUUGUACCAAGAAGGCGUAUCCACCAGCAGCAGCAAGCAGCGAGUGGCCACCGUGGUGGCUCACGAGCUCGCGCAUCAAUGGUUCGGAAACCUAGUGACUCCGAGUUGGUGGACGGACCUUUGGCUGAACGAAGGUUUCGCCAGUUAUCUCGAACACAUCGGCAUGGACUCGGUAGAACCUGAGUGGAAAGUUCUGGAACAAUUUGUCGUCCAUGAUCUUCAAAAUGUGUUCGGCGCGGACGCCCUUGAGUCGUCUCAUCCCAUAUCCAUUGAAGUCGGUCAUCCCGAUGAGAUCAGUGAAAUUUUCGACUCGAUCUCUUACUCGAAAGGCGCGUCUAUUAUAAGAAUGAUGGACCACUUUCUCACGACGGAGGUUUUCAAGCAAGGUUUGACGAAUUAUUUGAACGAAAAAGCUUACCAAAGUGCCGAGCAAAACGAUCUGUGGCACGCUUUGACCAAACAAGCUCACAAAGACAAGAUACUCGACCCGAGCGUAAACGUCAAACAGAUCAUGGACACUUGGACUCUGCAAACUGGCUUUCCCGUAGUCACGGUCACGCGAAAUUACAACGCCAAUAGCGUAACGUUAACGCAGGAACGCUUCCUGCUUCAUAGUGGCGGCACGGUGGUCACCACAUCGCCGUUCGAGCCAUUAUGGUGGAUACCCAUUACUUACACAAGCGAGAAGCAAUUAAACUUUAAUAACACCCGACCCAUGAAAUGGAUGAAAGCGGAACGCUCGAUCACCCUAAACGAUUUGGACGUAAACUCGUCUCAGUGGGUGAUUUUCAACGUGCAAGAAACCGGUUACUACAGAGUAAAUUACGACAGAACAAACUGGCAGAUGAUAAUCAAGCAAUUGAAUAAGCAGAAUUUCAAAGACAUCUCGACGAUAAAUCGUGCGCAAUUGAUCGACGACGCUCUCAAUUUCGCCAGAGCUGGCAAGCUGGACUACACCAUCGCUUUCGACGUCACAUCUUACUUGGCUCAUGAAAUCGAAUACUUGCCCUGGAAAGCGGCUCUCAACGCCUUCAACUAUCUCAACGAUAUGCUGCUCAAGAAGCAGGGUUACGACAAAUUUAGGGUGUACGUGUUGAAACUGUUGGACAACGUGUACAAGCAAGUCGGCUUCGUCGACAAAAUGAAAGAUCCCCAGCUGAAGGUCUUCACUCGAAUUAACGUUCUGAAUUGGGCGUGCAUGUUCGGUCACGAGGACUGCGUCACCAACGCCGUUCAACAAUUCAACAAUUGGCGUCGCACUCCCAAUCCGGAUCUCAACAAUCCGAUCUCGCCGAACUUGAAGGGUGUCGUUUACUGCACGGCCAUUCGGGUGGGCGGACAGACCGAAUGGGACUUCGCCUGGGAGCGAUAUCGAGCCACCAACGUGGGCUCGGAGAAGGAUCUGCUUUUGCAAGCGUUGGGCUGCACGAGGGAAAUCUGGCUGCUCAAUCGAUACUUGGAUUGGGCGCUGACGAAAAAUUCGGGUAUCAGAAAACAGGACGUGAAUCGAGUCUUCGCGUCGGUCGCCAGCAAUCCCAUCGGUCAGCCGCUCGCGUUCGAUUACUUCAGAAACAAAUGGGCGCGACUCAAAGAGUACUUUGGAACGUCGUUACUGAUCAUCACUAACAUCGUCAAGUCGUCAACCAGAGGCAUAAGUACGAGAUACGAAUACAAAGACCUGUUGGAAUUCGCGAAGGAACACGUGAACGAGUUCGGCAGCGCGAGGCGAACCAUACAGCAGGCGCUGGAACAAGCGGAAGCCAACGUACGAUGGAUUGACAGCAAUCACGCGACGAUUCGCGACUGGUUGGAGAGAAACACCGCGUAAUGACAGACGUUGGCAGAAAAUUAUAUAUAGUCGGUCUUCCACGUUAAUUCAAUUUCUUGAGAUAACGACGUUUUCCCGAAACGAGAUACCGCGCGCGUGAAAAAAUUGAUUUUCUCGCCCGAAUUUGUCGCAACAAAUCUAAGUUCGUGUUGCAGACGACGCGGGAAAACGUAAUUGCGAAAUAGAUUAUUUUCAAAUAAUCUAUUUUCGCGCGUUUUUGUACGUAUCUGAUGUAAAUAUCACACACAUGAUAUUUGUGACGGGACUGCCGCGUCUCGUGGGAAGAUUUUUUUCGGUGUUUUAUAAUUUUUAAAUCACACUCCGCGCCAAAUGUGUGCGAGAGAUUAAUUACGUUGUUUUAAGAGCGGGAGAGAAGAGCGAAAAAAAAAAAAAAAACGUUCUUAUAAAUCUCGUCGACACAGAUCUUUGUCGUGGAUUCUCGAGAAAGGGGGAGAGUCACGAUUAUUUUUUAUUAUUACACUCUAGAAGUCUGAAACAAGUUUUAUUGUGCGUAUCUCGACGAAGAAACGCAGAAAAUCUCACGUUUGGGAUAAAAAUUAGUGUACGUUUAUUGGAUUAAUAAGACGAUAGCUAAUUUAUUGAAACAUUCCUCGUUCUCGCAGUAUAUACAUAUUCGUAAUAAUUAGUGAAGCAUUUGGUUUGUGUGUGUCGGAUAUGAACGAACUCAAUUGCAAUUAAAAAAAAUGUUUGUAAAACAUAUAAAUUUGUUUUGUUUGGAUCAUUUGCAAAUCAACCUGGAUAUAAGUUCAGCAAAGCCCUUUUUCUUCAUAAUCU